AUGUCUGUUGCCGUCGCGCUGGCCCGCAGCUGGAGGGGGGCGGGAUGCCGGGGUGUCGGUCUGGCACGGCUGGGAUGGGCGGCGGGCCAGCACGCAGCCCUGGACGCCGCCGCCGCCGCCCCCGCCACGGGGCGCUGGGUGCCGCCGCUGGCCCCGCCGUUACCGGGCAGCCAGGCCCCCGCCGGGUGCAGGGCCUACACGACGCCGCCCGUGGAGGCCUGGGAGAGCCUGCGGGACAGCUUCAGCAGCAUCACUGCCGAGGUGGGGGACGACGGCGUGGCGGUGCUGGCCAUCGACCGACCCCAGGCCCUCAAUGCCCUCAACUCCCAGGCAGGCCCCGGCCCCAGGCCGUGUCGCGCACCGAAGCGCAGCCUGCAUGGCUCGCAGCGCCCCGUUGCCGCCCUGGCAGCGCCUGUGUUGCUUCACCAUACAGGCAGGCAGCCCAGCCUGGUCAUGUCUGAGCUAGUGUCUGCCUGCUUGUACCUGGACCGCAACCACUCCACCGCCAAGGUCAUCAUCAUCACUGGGUCAGGCGACAAGGCCUUUGCGGCUGGGGCAGACAUCAAAGAGAUGGCGGCAGUCACUUACUCAGAGGCCUACAACAACAGCUUGCUCAACGGCUGGGAGACGCUCCGCACCGUGCGCAAGCCGCUCAUCGCCGCGGUCAACGGCUACGCGCUGGGGGGCGGCUGCGAGCUGGCGCUGAUGUGCGACAUCGUGCUGGCCUCAGACAGAGCCCAGUUUGGGCAGCCCGAGAUCACGCUGGGCGUGAUCCCGGGCAUGGGCGGCACGCAGCGCCUGCCGCGCGCGGUGGGCAGGAGCCGCGCCAUGGAGCUGAUCCUGACGGGGGACCGCAUCGGGGCGGAGGAGGCGGUACGCAUCGGGCUGGCCAGCCGCGCGGUACCGCACGGCGAGCUGAUGGCGGAGGCGCGCAAGGUUGCGGCCAAGAUAGCCAGCCACUCCGCCCCCGCGGUGGCCAAGGCCAAGGAGUGCGUGGCUGUGGCUCAGGAGGCGGCGCUGGGGGAGGGGCUGCGCUUUGAGAAGCGCGAGUUCUGGUCCUGCUUUGCGCUGGAGGACCAGAAGGAGGGGAUGGCGGCGUUUGUGCAAAAGCGCGCGCCGCAGUGGGUGCACAAGCGAGCCACCGCUUGCAAGUCGCAGCAGCAGCCGCAGCAGCAAUGGCCCCUCAACAUGCAGGAGGGCAGCAGCAGCACCCGCCGCCGCCUGCUGGCGGCUGCCGCCGCGCUGCCGCCCUGCGCGUGCGCCGUCUGCGCUGCGGCGUCUGCCGCGGAGCAGCAGCAGCGGCCGCGCAGCGGGGUGCUGGACCGCGCCUUUGCUGCGGCCAUGGCGGAGGGCAUGGCAGAGUAUGAGGCCAGCGUCGCUCCCCUGAAGCGCCUCCUCUUUGGUGAGCUGCUGGAGGGCCUGCCGGCCACCGCCACCAGCCAGGAGCCCGCUCAGCUGCUGGAGCUGGGAGUGGGCACAGGCCCAAACCUGCCAUGCUACGCUGGAUUCUACGGCCUGGGCGGUAGCGGUGGCGGCGGGGCCGGCAGCAGCAGCACGGGCGGCAGUGCCAGCAGCAGUGGCAGCGCAGCAAGCGCCGCGCCUCCGCCACCCCUGCACAUCACCGGCCUGGACCCCAACGCCUUCAUGCGCCCCUACCUGGAGCAGAGCCUGCAGCGCGCCGGCUGGCCACGUGAGCGCCUCACCUGGGUGGAGGGCAGCGCAGAGGCGGUGCCGCUGGCGGAUGCCUCCAUGGACGCCGUCGUGUGCACACUGGUGCUGUGCUCGGUGUCGGAUGUGGAGGCGGUGGUGCGGGAGGCGUCGCGGGUGUUGAAGCUGGGCGGAGCGAUGCUGUUCAUUGAGCACACGGCAGCACAGGGCCAGCCGCUGCUGUGGGCGGCCCAGCGGCUGCUCAACCCGCUGCAGUGCCUACUGGCCGACAACUGCCACCUCACGCGCGACCCGCUGCCGCUGCUGGAGGCCUGCCCAGGCUUCUGCGGCGGCGUGGAGGCGCGGCGGCUGAGCGUGGAGGGAGCCUCGCUGAUUGCGCCGCACGUGGCGGGCAUUGCGCGGCGCCAGGCAGAGGUGCUGUGAGGGCGCCGCCUCAUGUGCAGCUGCCUGCCCUUCAUUUGCCAUGGUGUGUGUGCCUUUCCUGCCACUAAUCCACACAUGUGCCCCUAGCCCUUGCUCUCUGAUGUCUGGCAGCUGCCCUACUAAUAGUACGCUGUCACACCGGGGAAGGAA